AUUAAAGUCUAAUAUUAAAUAUUAGGCAGGUUUACACAGCAGAUAUGGGGCCUGCCUGUCAUCCAAACACAGUCAAUUUAACAUACUGCAUGGCUUCACUUGAAGCUUUUGGAGAUUUAUGCUCCUCCUUGCUGACCAGUACAGGUCAUGCCAAGGCUAAAUAAACUGUAUCAAAGGACAUCUCAUGUCCGCUUGUCAACUGCACACAUGUGCAAAUAUAUACUCAAAGCACCUGCUAGUCUUUAUGUUCUCUGUCUCUCAGAUAAACAAACCUUAUCAAAGCAACUUCCCAGUCUGAAUGUAAUGGGCACAGAUAAGACUUGCAUGCAGAUAUCAUCUUGGGGGAAUCUAAUUACCCUUAUCACCCAGUCUUGACCAGUCUGGCUCUAUCUAUGACCUCCCUGACCCUACGGUUAUCUAUGAAGGGAGGUUUCACUCCUGCACCUAAUUUACAUAUUCUAAUUAAACAGCCCCUUACUAACAAGGUAAGGAUGUCAAGAGAUCCAAUCAGAAGACCACGCUCGGUCACAUGGCUAAUGUCAAUUUCUCCUCAGAAAUUCUAUCCAAAUUGCCAUUGUUGUUCUAACUGCUCGAACAAACAGUCAUAUUCCAAAACUCUCUGUGUUUUGUUGGCCUCUCAUCAGAGACUGCUACAACUUCAUCCAUUCACCGAAAUUGUCACUACUUAACAGUUACAUCCUCAGCAAGACAUUCUUCUAAAACACUCAUCAGUUAAAGAUAUGUCAGGACGUGGAAAAGGUCAACCUCGUGGGCGCAAACGAAGGGCACCUGAAGACAUUAAUGACACUCUUAAUUCUGCUGUCAGUACGACAGGCGGUAAUGACAGCAACUGGGACCCUAAUAAGCCAGAAAACUGGACUAUAGGUGAACUAAGGACACGACUGCUGGAGCAGAACAUCAGACCACCAUGUGGUUUUACAAAAACAAUGCUGGUCAAACUGUACAAAGAAAAUAAUACCAGUGUUAGUGAUGGUAACAGUGAUGUUACGCCACCUACUGAGAAUGACCUUACACAGCCUGGCUACCACAGCAGGAAUCUCCCAUCAAAUGAGGCAAUGAAGGCUCUACAAGCACAUGUUACCAGGCUGGAGCAAUUAAUACUGUGCCAAAAUACAGUAGCAGUCGGACAGGCCCCAGCUGUACCAGGUCAUGUCCUGACUGCGACCUCAACAACCUCACCAACCUCACCGACCUUAGAGCCCCCAGCCGUAGCAGGAGGCAUACCAAACAAUUAUGUGCCUCAGCCUGCUAUCCUUCUACAACAGACAGGAAUUUCAUCAGAAUCUCUGCCAUCAAUAGAAGUCGUACCUCAAGCCAUACGCCAGCAGAUAAUAGAAGAUGGACCGGUUCCACGACUUGGCACCAGCAGCAAAGAAGAGCCAAAAUCCCAUUCCGGAUUACGACAAUGUGCCUCUAUACUAGAACCAGCAGUGCGUGACCUAUGGAAUGCUGCAGUGGCUCAUUCGACUAGAACUACCUACACAUCAGGUGUUUCCUGUUUCAAGAACUUCAUCCUCAUGAAUGGUAUAAACGACCAAGCAAGUGUGUUUACCAACGUUACAGAAGAAUUAUUAAUACUCUUCGUGACUCAUUGUUAUCAUAACCUCAGAUUGAAAUAUUCUACAAUUAAGCUGUAUUUAUACGGAAUUAAGUUCCAUUGUACUAUGCAGGGGCUCAGCAACCCGCUUGUGAAUACUCAUGGGUUACCACUUUACCGACUCCAGACCAUAUUACGGGGAUUAAAGAAACUACAGGGAACUCCGGUAAAACCUAGACUCCCCAUAACUUUCAACAUAUUGUCUAAGUUAUGCUCAGCAUUUCGACAGGGUGUUUUCGAUCCUGCCACAGACACUACUAUGGAGGCUGCCUGCUGUGUGGCCUUCUUCGCAUUCUUACGGUGCGGAGAAUUCACAUGCACCACUAACACAUUUGAUUCUUCAAUUCACUUGUGUAUCAGCGACAUUCAAGUAGCACCGGACAGUAACAGCAUGACAUUGCGCCUCAAGGCGUCCAAAACCGACCCCUUUCGUCAAGGAGUCACCAUUCACCUGUUCCGCACCCAUCACCAUGUAUGUGCUGUAGCCGCUGUCAUCAGAAUGCUAACAGAAAGAUUCAUGAAUGGUUGUCGUCCUUCGGACCCCCUAUUUUCCAUUCAUUCUGCUGCCUUGACUCGACAUGUUUUCAUUGACAAACUAAGACAGACCUUGAUCCGACUAGGUCUAAAUCAUUCACUAUACACAGUACAUUCCUUCAGAAUAGGAGCCGCAACUACUGCCGCCCAGUCAGAUGUCCCCGAUCACCUCAUCAAAGUGCUUGGACGCUGGCAAUCGGAUAGCUACUGUCGAUACAUCCGUACCCCUCAUCAUAUUCUCCGGAAAGCUCAAGCAGAAAUGUGCAAGAUUUCACCUGAUACUUAGUAGCCUAGUGGCUGCCUUCUGUGUUCAAGAGUGUCUAAGUGUGUACUCUUUAUAGGGCGAGUAUAUCUAUAAUGAGUACUAAUUAUUCCACUGGAUUAACAUGUAUAUUGAUGUGCUAAUCUGUCAUCAUUCACACAGGAUUUAUGUGCAUAUUCCAUUGGAUUUAUAUGUGUGUAAAUGUGCUUAUCUGUCACCAUUCAGAUGGGAUAUAUGUGUGUAUUCGUUUAGGGCGAGUAUAUCUAAACGGUACUAUUACGGCCCUCAUACUCAACAACUAACAGAAACGAAGGUAACAGAACACAUUCUGUAGCCAUGCAGGCCAGCAUUCUUGUAAGGAUUACAUCUGGACAUUCCGAAUUGGGAUACAGAACCGAACUAAAUGUUUACUAGUCAUUGACAUUAGUACCCUGUUUUCUUUUACACCUAAGUACCUCUGAGGACAAUAACUAUAUUCGAUACUGAGGCAUUCUGCCAGAAUUUGUCUAUGACUUGCUGUAUACCUUCUCAAUUAUGUCAUAUUCUCCCGGUGGCGCUGGGGAUAAAGGUGUCUCAUACCCUACAUUCCCUCUUUGGGGUCCUCGUAUCAUCACAUGCUUAUAAACCAUGUCUCUGAUACUCCUUUGGGCCUAUGGCAGUAAACUGACACCAUGUAAUAACAUAAUAACAUGGACUAUUAAUGAUGCCAGACUACUGCUAUACACCACAAAUCGGUCAAUCCAACCCCAGAACCAAGGGUUAGCUGGACUGCAUACAUCAACUCUAUCUGGCCCAGGGUAAGACAGCAAGUCGAACCCCAAGCCUAAGUGAUGUAACUCCCAACUCUUGCCGACUCCUGGACAUUUGAGCGACCAGGCUAUGGUACCCAUGAGCUUCAGGUCAGCCAUACCUCCAAGUCAUGUUCUCAACGGGUUGUUGGCCAUAGCUUUUCAGCACCAUGCUCUUCAGCAUUACGGGGUUCAAAUAGCCCACGGCUAUACCCCACCCGGUCCAAGGGAGGUAACUGCUAAGGUGAUAUGCACCCCUUAUCUGCAAACUUUUUAAUAAAUACUGUAAAUUUAUCUUACAUCGUUUGUUAUUUUGUUGUGUAAAUUAAAGUCUAAUAUUAAAUACUAGGCAGGUUUACACAGCAGAUAUGGGGCCUGCCUGUCAUCCAAACACAGUCAAUUUAACAUACUGCAUGGCUUCACUUGAAGCUUUUGGAGAUUUAUGCUCCUCCUUGCUGACCAGUACAGGUCAUGCCAAGGCUAAAUAAACUGUAUCAAAGGACAUCUCAUGUCCGCUUGUCAACUGCACACAUGUGCAAAUAUAUACUCAAAGCACCUGCUAGUCUUUAUGUUCUCUGUCUCUCAGAUAAACAAACCUUAUCAAAGCAACUUCCCAGUCUGAAUGUAAUGGGCACAGAUAAGACUUGCAUGCAGAUAUCAUCUUGGGGGAAUCUAAUUACCCUUAUCACCCAGUCUUGACCAGUCUGGCUCUAUCUAUGACCUCCCUGACCCUACGGUUAUCUAUGAAGGGAGGUUUCACUCCUGCACCUAAUUUACAUAUUCUAAUUAAACAGCCCCUUACUAACAAGGUAAGGAUGUCAAGAGAUCCAAUCAGAAGACCACGCUCGGUCACAUGGCUAAUGUCAAUUUCUCCUCAGAAAUUCUAUCCAAAUUGCCAUUGUUGUUCUAACUGCUCGAACAAACAGUCAUACCAUCCACCUCCCCACCGCCACCUUUAUCUAAUUGGUUGCUUGUGACUUUAUCGGUUUCAACCUUUGGGCCUAUGGCAGUAAACUGACACCAUGUAAUAACAUAAUAACAUGGACUAUUAAUGAUGCCAGACUACUGCUAUACACCACAAAUCGGUCAAUCCAACCCCAGAACCAAGGGUUAGCUGGACUGCAUACAUCAACUCUAUCUGGCCCAGAGUAAGACAGCAAGUCGAACCCCAAGCCUAAGUGAUGUAACUCCCAACUCUUGCCGACUCCUGGACAUUUGAGCGACCAGGCUAUGGUACCCAUGAGCUUCAGGUCAGCCAUACCUCCAAGUCAUGUUCUCAACGGGUUGUUGGCCAUAGCUUUUCAGCACCAUGCUCUUCAGCAUUACGGGGUUCAAAUAGCCCACGGCUAUACCCCACCCGGUCCAAGGGAGGUAACUGCUAAGGUGAUAUGCACCCCUUAUCUGCAAACUUUUUAAUAAAUACUGUAAAUUUA